AUGGCAGAUAUUGGUUCCAUCUUUCCUGCUCAUGUGAGGGCUGCUCAGUAUGCUGACGAUCUCCUUGUUUACUCAAGGGAUGUUGAUGUUCUCGAUGCGAGGGCUCACCUUGAUGAAGCUGUUCCUUUAUUAUCGGAUUGGUUAGUGCGAAGGGGUUUGAGCAUUUCACCGACGAAAUGCGUACUUUGCCUUUUUUCGUCCAAGAGGAUUGAUUAUGGUGACAUCUCUAUUGAAGUGGAUGGUUCUCGUAUACCAGGUUCUUCUGAACUGAAGUAUUUGGGAAUCCUUUUGGAUACCGGACUUACUUGGAUUCCACAUAUAAGGGAGAAUGUUUCUAGGGCCAGUAAGGCAAUUAAUGUCCUCAAGGUCAUUUCGAGGGUCAGUUGGGGUGCUGCUCCGUCUUUGGCACUUAUAGUGUAUAGGGGCUUGAUUCGUUCGUAUUUGGAGUGGGGAUGCCAGCUAUAUGGCUCUGCCAAUUUAGUAGCUCUUCGAAUGCUCGAUAAAACCCAAAAUGCAGCUCUGAGGGUGGCUCUGGGGGUCAUGAGCACUACGCCAGUGGCGGUUCUCUUGUCUGAGUCCAAUGAAUUUCCCCUCAUCUUUAGGCGGAACUUGCUUACUAGACGCUUUAUUGUCCGCAAUUUUUCAUGGCGAUUUAAUCCUUUGAUUCCUAAGUUGCAGCUGCUUUCCGAGAGACUCGGUUCUUCCAAGUGUCGUAUUCCGGUGACGAUUGCAAGGUCUCCAUUGCUGAGUACAUAUAGAUCAAUGCGUGAAACUUUGGAAUCUUCUUUCAGAACUGAUAGACCAGCCGAUUUUGAUUUCUGUUGGGAGAUGAUCACCAUGACAACUGAUGUUCAGCUGGAUCUGUUUCAGGAGAAGAGUGAGGAGGAUGAUCGUCCUUCGGAUGUUCUUGAUUCGAUUCUACGAGACAAUUACUCGGAUUAUGUUUCUGUAUAUACUGAUGGCUCAGCUUCCGGAUUGAAUGCUUCGUUUGUUGGUAGUUCAUUCUACAUUCCUGAGUCAAAUUUUCGUUUUGGUGUGGCAUUGCAGGACUUUUCCUCGGCUUAUUCAGCAGAAGCUUAUGCUAUACUGUCGGCCAUUCUCCACGCCAAGAGAAUGAAUAUUGCAAAUACUUUGAUACUUUCGGAUGCUAAACAGGUCCUUUCUGAUGUGAGGAAUGUUUUUGGGAGUGAGCCUUCUUCUCAGCUUAUUUACAGGAUUGUCUCCGCCAUUCACACCGCCAGUUUGAGGGAUCAAAGGAUUUCUCUGAUGUGGAUUCCAGCACAUAAAGGAAUAGUUGGCAAUGACAUUGCAGAUCAUACAGCCAAAAUGGCGGCUAGAACUGCUCUCAGGAAGAGGUUCGGUCUUCCUCGUCCAGAUCUUUUGAGACAUUUUGAUUCACUCAGUCGUGAUGAGGCUAGAGCCUUAUGGCCUUUUUUUGGUAAAUCUCCUAAGGGAUUGAAAUACUUCUCUAGGAUUCACCUUGAAACGGUGAGGCCUUGGUUUGCUGGUUCGAAUGCUUCCCGUACAGCUAUCAAUUUUAUUACCCGUCUUAGGACGGGUCACGUUAUUUGUUCUGAUCACUUUAAUCGCUUGAGAUGGAGAGUGGAUCUCACUUGUCCAUGUGGGAUGGAGGAUAGAUCCUUAAAACAUCUUUUCAACGAGUGUCCUAAUUUGUCUCCAAACAGACCGGAAUUUUUUAGCUUCCUGGUCCACAGGAUGGGGAUUGAAGAUCCUGAGAGUUUUGAUCCUUUUGAGGUGGUAUUGAGUCCUACAAAUGAGAUGGUUGAAGCUUUCGGUAGAUUUAUUGGCGGGAGUACAUCCCGUAUUAUAAUUUAA